GCUGGACAUCGUCACAACUUUAUCUACUAAGUGGUCAGCGUUAGUCCGGACUUUACGAGGUACUAGUAAUUCGCAAACAAGAUUUCCGCGUGACAGAGGGAGACCCAGAUUUUUACAUGUAUAUUCACUUAUAAAGGUCCAUAUGUGAAUAAGGAUUAGCCAUUUCACUUCGACAAUCAUCACUAAUGAAUGUACCACAUUGCCGCGGGCCAUGGACAUAAAUAAGUGAAUGAAUAUGAAGAGUAAGUAAUACGUGAAACGAUGCUGCCAUGUGGAAAAUUGUCAGGAAGACGCGGUGGAGAUUAGUAUGUGUAGUUUGUUGUGGCGUCUGUAUCUUACUGCUGUUGUUGCUGACCAGAAGCAAGUGUGGCAUCAGAGGAAAUCUAAAAAAGAUAUUCAAUAAAGUGUUGUAUUUCCGCUCUAGUCGGAAAUUACCAGAGGAAUGGAUGACGACAACAAAGCACGACAACGUCACGAUCAUCUCGGCUUUCUGGGACCUGGGUCGCUUCCGGAAGGGGGCCAGCUCAGAGUAUUCUCCAAAGGAUUAUAAGCAAUGGGCCGAGGUGUUCCGAAACAUCGUUAACCCCCUCAUCUUUUACACUGAUUCGAAGGAUUUCAAACUGCUGAUGGAAAAAUAUCGAGAAAAAUUCCGGAACAAAACCAAAAUAAUACUAAUAACGGAUCGAAAGAAAUUUUGGCCAUUCCAAAUAUUAAAGGAAAUCCAGACAGUGUUUCAGCAGCCGAACUAUCCUAAGUAUUACCCAAAUACUGUGAUGCCGGAAUAUUCCGCCAGCCAACACGCCAAAUACGCUGUCCUUGCAGAUGCUUUAAAGCAGAACAUUUUCCAUACCGAGUUUUACGCUUGGCUAGACGUCGGCUACUUUCGCGAUGCCACAUGUGAAGGUGAAAAUCAUUACUUCCGGAUUAAUCCACCUCCGGAAGUGGACAAAACACGGCUGUCUAUAAACCUAGUAAACCAAUCUUUAACCAAAAAUGUCUCUUUCGAUUCCAUAUUUAAAGAAAAUUACGUGUGGGUAGGAGGGGGUAUGCUUGUAGCAACCAAAGACGUGUUUCUAAAAAUUGAACGACUGUAUCAUCGCGCUGUGGUUUAUUUCUUGAGGCGAAGGUUGAUGAACUCGGAUCAGCAGGUGAUUUACGGGAUUUAUUGCGAAGAAGGAAGGCGGGUUUUCUCUCCGGAAGUGAACCUUCAGUUGUUUUGGUCAAAUGGCUCUCGCAAAGUCUGGACGAGUAACACGUGGUUCUACCUGGGUUACUUGUGUUAAGAAGAUAUCUGAGUUUUUCUCCAAUAGCACCAGAGAAUAUAAUGUACAUGUCAUUUAUUUCACUUUUAUUACAUGUACCAACAUGAGUGCAAUACACACACACAAUAUACCGCUGUAUUGAUCUGAAAAUGAUGGUCUUUGUCCGUCAUACUAUACAUUUGGGGCAGGAUAUAGUCAAACAGUAUAUUCAGGAUGUCUAUCCUUCAUUUUAAGUGUAACAGGUUUUAUACUUUAAUAAUCAAGAUUUGUUUAAUAAUAAUAUUACAAGUAAAGAAGCGGAAGAUGUUCCUGAAACCACAUAGAUAAUACACACAUGACACGAUUUUUUGUUCAGGUUUUUCCUCCCUUUUUUCUCUUUUUUAUUUUCAAUGAUUUCAUUUCAAUUAAAAAUUAAGCGAUUAAUUAUUUGAAUCAUUGAACGCUCUCCAUCGUAAUGCAUGGUCACGAUUUUGGUCAAAUUUUAUUUUAUUUUUUUCUAUUUUUAUUGUUUACAAUGCUUUAGAAGUGCAUUUCAUAUGAUUAACCAACAUUUGAGAUUCAGUCGUAGAGUUAUAAACAAGGUACAAAACUUGCAAUUCUUUGUUAGGUCAGGGUUUUUUUUGUUCAAUAUACCAGUAAAAAAAAAUUUUCAAGCUGAUUUUUCUAUCUUCUAAUUCGUUUUGAACAUAAUAAACAGUUCUAGCUUGGCGUUUGUCACAUUCAGUUAAGGACGUCUAAACCUGGAAUUUCCUUAUCAACAUUCAAAAUGUAACCAAAAACAAGACAUGAGCUUUGUUUACGUUACAAAGAAUUAUGAGCUCUGUAUCUUGCUUAUAACUCUACGGCUGACACUCAAAGUUUGGUCGACAAAUACAAUUACUUUACGUACUGAAGCGCUGUAAACAAUAAAAGCGGAAACAUAAAUUUUGAUCAAAAUAGUGGCUAUGCCCUGCUUUAUUUUUUGCUUUGUAUGACGCUAUUUAAGCACAUCCGUCUGUACAGUCAUGUAUAUUUUUUGUAUGCUGAUCCUAAAAUGGUAUUAUAAAAUAAAAUAAAUAUGCGACGUUUUCAUGCGCGGAUCCAGAAAUUUUUUUCCGGGUGGGGGGGGGGGGGGUGGGCGAAGGAU